CGGGCCGCCUGGGCCGCCGCCGCCGCGUGCAUGACCGCGACCCCCGGGCCGGGGACUCCUGCCGCCACCGCCGCCGCUGCCGCCGGCCCUCAGCCCUGUCGCCGCUCGCCGCCUGCGCCCGUUGAGAAAGACGGGAGCGACGCCAAUGUGAGCAUGGCUGUGACUGUGGAAGAAGCCCCGUGGAUGGGCUGGGUCGUCGCGAAAGCCCUGAUGAGAUUUGCCUUCAUGGUCGCCAACAACCUGGUUGCUAUUCCAUCCUACAUCUGCUAUGUAAUUAUACUGCAGCCCCUCCGGGUGCUGGACAGUAAGCGCUUCUGGUAUAUCGAGGGACUCAUGUACAAAUGGCUUUUAGGAAUGGUGGCGUCCUGGGGAUGGUACGCUGGAUACACAGUGAUGGAAUGGGGGGAAGAUAUUAAAGCAAUUUCUAAUGAUGAAGCGGUGAUGUUGGUGAACCACCAGGCAACUGGAGAUGUGUGUACAUUGAUGAUGUGCCUACAAGACAAAGGACCGGUUGUCGCUCAGAUGAUGUGGCUGAUGGAUCAUAUUUUCAAGUACACAAACUUUGGAAUUGUUUCUCUGAUUCAUGGGGACUUCUUUAUAAGGCAGGGAAGAGCCUAUCGUGACCAACAGCUGCUGGUUCUCAAGAAUCACCUAGAGCAUAAUUACAGGAGCAGGGAUCGAAAAUGGAUUGUUUUGUUUCCUGAAGGGGGCUUCCUCCGGAAGAGGAGAGAAACAAGCCAGGCAUUUGCCAAGAAGAAUAACUUGCCAUUUCUUACACAUGUCACUUUGCCAAGGUUUGGGGCAACAAGCAUUAUCCUGAAUGCACUUGUAGCACGGCAGGAAAAUGGAAGCCCAGCAGGAGGAGAUGCUAAAGGCUUAGAAUGCAAAUCAAGAGGCCUUCAGUGGAUAAUAGAUGCAACCAUAGCUUAUCCCAAUGCUGAGCCAAUAGAUAUUCAGACCUGGAUCCUUGGAUACAGGAAGCCAACAGUCACUCAUGUCCAUUACAGGAUUUUUCCAAUUAAAGAUGUGCCCUUGGAGACGGAUGACCUCGCCAGUUGGCUCUAUCAGCGGUUUAUUGAGAAGGAAGACCUCUUGUCACAUUUCUACAGAACAGGAGCCUUUCCUCCUCCCCAGGGCCAGAAGGAAGCUGUUUCCAGGGAGAUGACCCUCAGCAACAUGUGGAUAUUCCUCAUUCAGUCCUUCGCGUUUGUGUCAGGCUAUCUGUGGUACCACAUCAUUCAGUAUUUUUACCAUUGCCUAUUUUAGGAAAUGAUUUGGACUUGCCACAUAGGAGGAGUUCAGACUUCAUACAUGUGCUUUAUUUUACACGUGCAAAUCUAAAUAUACAAAUCAAAAUAUAUAAAAAGCAAAGGAAAUUCAAAUGGAUGGAUUAAUGUUUAUCCCCCUUUGGGAUAUUUUAAAACUCUACUACAUGAGGAUCAGUAAUACAAUGAAGUGCUAAUGUAUUUUAAGAACUUUUCAUGUUUUAAGGAGAUACACUCUACCAUACGUUUAUGCAAGCAUCACACUGGGAGAAGAGGAAAUCAUAAAAUCAUCCUAGAAGACUUCGAAAGAAACUAUUGCUACCAGAUGCCCUUGGUCAUGCCCCUGUUCAGAAGCUGUGCUCCUCUUUAUUAGGGCAGAGCUUCACAGUGUUAAUGUGUCCACCUGUCACGCUGAGGACUAUCACCUCUCCAACAAGCUGCAGUCCUCAAUCCUGGCUGAGGAGCGGCAGUGGCCUUCUGUGGGAGCAGUGUCCACUGUACAGGGAAUCACUGUGUCCUGGGAAGGCUAGCUCAGCCCAGCACCAUGCUAACAUGUGCUAGUGUUUUCCCUCUGUCAGGGAAGGGGAGCACCACUUUCUCUUCUGUAUAGAAGGCACAUCAUAGAGUGGUAAUUGUAUUUUACAAAAUGCACUUUUAUCAGAUGCAGAUGUAACAAAGGAUAGUAACAUAGCCUGAAACAAAGGGAAGCCUCAUCGUGAGCAGGCUCUCAGGAGGCUUUCCUGUCUGCGUGCUUGCCCAUGAUGCACUGCAGCACCACCUGCAUUGGUCACCUCCCCGACCCCCCUCCCCUAUUGGUAGCUGGAUCUCCCCUCCCCCAAUUUUGACAUAGUAGCACCAGAUGUAUUUGAGGGCAGUCAAAGCAAAUUAAUGCAAACAUUUAAAUGACCAGUUUAAGGGAAGUAGACUAGCAUAUUAGGAAAUAAAACAUAGAACCAGACAUUGGCUUGCAGUAUUGACAGGGCCUCCAGGGGCCCCCAGAAUCUGUGCAGACAUCAGUGUGUUCUGACAUUAUGUCAAGCGGCUGCUCUUCUCAGGGUAGCAAGACCAGGAGACAGCAGCUCAGGACACUGUCUCUUCCAGUUGUUUUUGAAGAGGGCGGAGUCAUUGUGUUCCUGUGAGAACCAGACUUUGCAAAAAGUACAGGCACUGCAUCGGUAUUGAGACAGAGGGUUUGGUUUAGGAUAAUAAAAAUUUUAAACCAGAAUAAGGCAGCAGGAGUUUUCUGUGGCAUGAACACUGUGGAGUCCCCUGUUGUGGCUAACAGCACAGAUAACAGUUCUGAGAAACAGGCUGUAAAACAAAAGUAAAGACUAAUGUUUUCUGUUCACAUAAAAAGAGGAAGAGAUGCAAAUUUCCCCACUUGUAUGGGAAAGGCUGAACAACACCAAAUAAAAGCCCAUAGCCUUCAUCUUCAGCAAAGCCAGAGCACAUGUGGAAGAGAAUGACAUGUUAGCUGGCAUACCUCACCAGCUCCACACCACUGCGGCUACACUGCAGGAGACAUUGGUGUGGGAGCAGCUGUGGUCAAACAGAGCACAGUGACAGAGAACAGGUGAAGAAAGCUGUCUUCACCUGGAAAUGAUGGGCAGCCAGAGAGAAGUUAUUCCGUGCUUCUACUGAGGCCCAGGAAAGACUGGAUGAAUUGAAUUGAGGCAUCAGUUGGCCAUCUGGGGGAGAAGUUGUUCACUAGCUAGCAGCCUAUUUCCUCAGUGCAAAGUGAGCCACAGACUGCAGUGGCCAGCUCCUAGACGAGUCUGUAUAUCCAUAGAUGCAGACAGUUGUGGCUCUGGCCCCCUUCUACCACUGCUGUGCUGCACAGGGCAUGAUCUUUGAAUAUACUGUACAUGGUAAACUCACUCCCCUAAGAUGCAUCACUUUCAGAUGCAGUUUGAUUUUCACAGUCUCUAGAGUGACAAAUAACGAUAGAUUUGUGUAACUUUUGAUAAUAGACAUGAGCUGUAAAUAGAUAUGAUUUGAUCCGUCCUACACAUCUUCAGUUCUUUCAACAUGUCUUCUGUGUGCAAAACCUGUUUGCGAGUAUUGAUAGUGCUUCCCUAUCAGUAACUGGAGUCCACCUGCUUGUACUAUCUAGGGAAUGUGAAGAGAGAACAGGUAUUCUUUAUAACAGUCUGGGGAAAUAUGCCACUGUAGAGAACAGAAUAAAAUUUCCCAUUUGUACUGUGUGUGUAAAGAAAGGAAGUUAAUGUCUCAAGAUGGGGGCAAAGUGAGUAAAGCCACACCAGUUUGUAAAGACAUCCUCUAGGGCUGCGGCUCUUUGUUCUCAGCUAGAGACAGGCUGGGCAGCUCGCUGCUGGAGUCCGUGGACCACAGACAAGACCAAGCAACGGCUCACCUUGCCCACUUUCAGAAAUGCAUGUAUGACUGAGCAGCCCAUAAGCAGUGGAAGCAAAGAAAAGCCAGAAUGGGAUGAAGUUUGAAUAGAUAAACUAAAUAGAUGAGAAUUUAGUCAAGUGUGAAGCGAUAGCCGUGGAUUCAGAUCUGUCGUUUAUUAGUGUUUGGUAUUACAGCUCUUAAAUUCCUAUAACAAAGAACUCGGGAUUGCUGAAUAAGUAGUCAAUUACAGGGUAGUUAAUUCAGUAUUAAGUCAUAGGAAGCCAAAAAAUAAUUUUUUGUAGGACUAUCAGACAACCAGCAGGAAGAGAAAGCACCAAAGCCAGCAUAACCCGUGGGCUGGACAGGCAUCUCUGAACAAGACAGAGUUGGUGCAGCUGAAAUUGUCCCACCCAUUGAGGCCUCUGAUGUGUUUGUCUGGGUCAGUGUUGGAAAUGCCACUUCGUUCAUGGCCAUGUGUGUGGCUCCCUUCUUAUUAAUUUGUCUUAGUGAUGUGUUCUGACAAUCAGUAAAUGCUGAAGAUGCUUAUCAACUGGGUCCUCGUUGUAGUCACAGAAAGUAGUCUUUGAUCACAAGAGUCUUCUGUGUCCAUUCCUGUUUGUUUGCAUUACUGAGCAGGAGGAGUUAACUAAUGUUUUGUGGUUUUUAUCCUUUUCUUUGAAGUCACUGCACAACCGUGAACAGAGAAUUUUCCUCCAGAGUUACCAUUACAGAAAGUGUAUUCAGCUCCUGUCCUACAAAGGGUGGAUGAUAAUGGUGUCUUCUAUGGGAUUUUUGCCCUGCGAGUGCUGUGAGCCUUCUAACUGCAGGCAGGAGAGUCAAAGGAGCUGUGAGUCACAGGUGUGCUAGUUCAUGUCAUGAUGGGUAGACACUGUUUGGGACCAAAACCACCUAAGUUGGAAAUUUCUGGAUCACAAAGGAGCCUGGCAUACUCUGAAUCAGUCAGUGGUUGGUGCUGUCUGACGGUCAUUAUGUACCAUUCCCCAGUAGUUGGCUCUGAGAAGAAGCUGCAGGUUCUAAACUGUUGGGGGAGAAUGGCCAUAGUCAUGUAAGGUGCAGUCUUGGGCUAUCUGCAGAAAUUCCACCUGAGGAAUUUUUACAUUUAAUAUUUUUUUAAAACAGUCUAAAGAGCAAAAAAAAUGUAUGUAUAUUAUAGUUGCAAAGAAUGCAGAUGCUUUGAAUGACUUUAUUUUUAUUGUGUAAAACUGUUGAACACGACUGUGGUGCACAGAUUCUUUACCUGUAAGGAGUCUAUGCAUUUUACAGUGGCAUCUUAUGAUUGGGUAAUGAGACAGUUAUACAUUCAACUGCCAUUGUUUUUAUUAAGUGCUUUCACUUUCUUUGCAAUUAUUACAAAGUUGUAUUUAUUUUCUACAGAUGCAUUUUUGUUUUCAUAAUGCUGUAAUGUUUACUUCAGCUUGUUGAACUUUCUUUGUGAUCCGCAUGUCACAGUGUGUUUUAAAAAUGUCUGUAAAGGCUGUGGCAACUGCAAUUUACUUCUGUAAAGGGCUGGUCACAUGUGGAUCUGGUUUCUGAAAUGCAUUAGGGAUGACUUUACCAGAUUACCUUUUCAGAAACUUAGAUAUUGUGAAUACCAAAAGAAGCAUUUUCUCAGCAAAAAUUAAUAGCUGGUUCUAUUUUUUUUAAUGUAGAGAAAAUAAAGUUGAUUCUUUUUUUCCAAAACAAUGCUUUUAAGUCUUAAUAGUGGGGAUGGGUAUGUGCUGUCCUGGAGCUCCACAGUGUGAACCGCUGGCGCUAGAGCCUGGAGCUCAGCACGCGGUGAGUGGUGAGAAAACAUCUGCUUCCUUCCGGGGCUUGGCUUCUCCAAGUCUUCUCAUUGGGUGCGUGAUGAUGAAUGCUUAGCAGUCCUCUCUCUUGGAGAAAAUUAUGUAUGUAACUGCACAUACAUGUGUAAUAAAUUUUGCUUAUAACAGAUAUUUAAUGCAAUUAGCAAGUAAUAAAAUAUAAUUGAUUUUUA